GUCAAAAUCGUUUCAAGGUUCCCAACUUAAUCACCUCUUUUGCUUAUCAACUCUCUUGUUCCUCAAAUGUGAUCUCGUAUUUUGACUUUUCAUAGCUGUAGAAAGAUAAAACGGAGAUAACUCGUCAUCGGAGUUCGGUGGAAUUAUGCGGAAGCACAGCUCCUAGAACCCCUCUCGAGAUAAUCCCUGAUCUUGGCUAGACUUUCAGUUAUCGCAACAUCACGGCAUUCCUUUGCAAAGACUCUCUGGCUUACACCGAGGAAUCUUAUAUCCCCAACUUCAAAAUCUACCACCCAUACACCAGUUAUUCAUCAGCGAACUUCUGGUCAAAUUUUCUGUUGCAAAGAUGUCAUUCAUAAAAGUCUUUUGGGCCGACAAGACAGCAAAGUACAUCUCUGUUGAAGACGGCUCCGAAACUGAAGAUCAGCCUACAGUGAGAAGCAGUCACUCUUCAAAAGUAUCGGUUUCUAGGCCAUUCUACUUCGCUUCCUUAUCUUUGUUUGCCAUCUUUCCGAUCCUUAUUAUCGCUCUGUUUGUACAGCAUGGUCGUCUCGCCCACGCCUACAUCAACGACGGUUUUCUCAAAGGCUUUACUACAGAGUUAGAUCCAAUCAAAAAUAUACUUUCCGAAGAAACUGUUCGUUUUACUGGCGGUCUUCAUUUCCACAAGAAUGGGACUUUAUACCGAGAGACAAUCGAAGGGGAGCCUCAGUAUGUCGGAGAACCCUCGCCAGAAAUAGAUUCAGCAUGGAAUCAACUGCUCAAAGGUCAAUAUAUGAAUCUUGUUGGAGACGAAGCCACAAGUAUGGUCGAACGGACAUGGAAAGAUGAACAUGGUAACUACGAGGUUGCUCUAGAUGUAAUGCAUACUCUUCAUUGUGUGAAUAAAGUGAGGAUGGCUCUAGACCCGGAAUAUUAUCCGAGAAAAGAAAGCCAUAGAAUCCACAGAAUGCACGUUGAUCACUGCAUCGACUAUCUUAGGCAGACUGUGCAGUGCCAUGGUGAUCUUACCCCGAUGGUUUUCAGUUGGUCAGAUGACGCUGGUAGAGUGGUUGCCGAUUGGAAAGAACCUCACACUUGCCGGAACUUUCAUAGCAUCCGCAGUUGGGCUGAAGAUCAUUUUCGACCGUGAACUCCAGCUGUUGGAAUGUGACAGAUAGGUAAUUGGUUGCAGUCUCUGCAUAUAGGAACUGUGAGGAUUUAGGUCGAGAUGUACAUUACUUCUAAAUACAAAAUUUAACACAAAGUACGCAUAUAAGAUAGACACAAAGUACACCUUGAUACAAAUAUAUAUAUACA